CGCCGCCGCUCCGACAUGAGGGGCCGGCGGGGCAGGCCGCCCAAGCAGCCCGCGGCCCCCGCCGCCGAGCGCGGCGCCCCGGCCCCGGCCCCGCCGCCCCCGCCCCCGCCGCCGCCGCCGCCGCCGCCGCCGCCGCCCGCCGCCUCGGGCCCCAUCGGCGGCCUCCGCUCGCGCCACCGCGGCAGCAGCCGGGGCCGCUGGGCCGCCGCCCAGGUUGAGGCGGCGCCCCGGACGCGGCUCGGCUCCUGCAGGGGGGGCGGCGGCCGCAGGAAGCCCCCCGCGCACGGCGGAGGCGGCGGAGGCGGCGGCGGAGGCGGCGGCGGAGGCGGCGGCGGCCCGGGCCGGGGCGGGCGCGGCGGCGGCGGCGGCGGCGGCGGCCGGGCGGGCGGCGGCGCGGGCGGCGGCGGGGGUCCCCCCGCGCGGCCCGGCGCGGCCCGCAGGCCGGUGAGCAAGGUGGUGUACGACGACCACGAGAGCGACGAGGACGAGGACGACGACGACGAGGACGACGACGAGGACAUGGUGUCGGACGACGACGACGACGACGAGGGCGACGAGGGCGACGCGGACGGGCCGCGGGACUCGGAGGCCGAGGCGGACGACGCCCUGGAGGAGGAGGAGGAGGAGGAGGAGGACGACGACGACGACGAGGACUCGGACUACCCCGACGCCAUGGACGACGACGACGACGACGCGAGCUACUGCACGGAGAGCAGCUUCCGCAGCCACAGCACCUACAGCAGCACCCCAGGUAGGCGAAAAGCAAGAGUGCAUCGACCUCGUUCUCCAAUACUGGAAGAAAAAGAUAUCCCUCCCAUUGAGUUUCCCAAGUCCUCUGAGGACCUGAUGGUGCCCAGUGAGCAUGUAAUGAACGUCAUUGCCAUUUACGAGGUGCUCCUGAACUUUGGCUCUGUUUUGAGGUUAUCUCCUUUUCGCUUUGAGGAUUUCUGUGCAGCUUUGGUGAGCCAGGAACAGUGCACACUUAUGGCGGAGAUGCAUGUUGUACUUCUGAAAGCAGUUUUACGUGAAGAAGACACUUCCAAUACUACCUUUGGACCCGCUGAUCUGAAAGACAGUGUCAAUUCCACACUGUAUUUCAUAGACGGCAUGACUUGGCCGGAGGUGCUGCGAGUGUACUGUGAGAGUGACAAGGAGUACCACCACGUACUUCCUUUCCAGGAAGCAGAGGACUAUCCUUAUGGACCAGUAGAGAACAAAAUCAAGGUUCUCCAGUUCUUAGUGGAUCAGUUUCUUACCACAAACAUUGCUCGGGAGGAACUAAUGUCGGAAGGGGUCAUCCAGUAUGACGACCACUGUAGGGUUUGUCACAAACUUGGGGAUUUGCUUUGCUGUGAGACGUGCUCGGCCGUGUACCAUUUGGAAUGCGUGAAGCCGCCUCUUGAGGAGGUACCGGAAGACGAAUGGCAGUGUGAGGUCUGUGUAGCACAUAAGGUGCCUGGUGUGACUGACUGUGUUGCUGAAAUCCAAAAAAACAAACCGUAUAUUCGACAUGAACCUAUUGGAUAUGACAGAAGUCGAAGGAAAUACUGGUUCUUGAACCGACGACUUAUAAUAGAAGAAGAUACAGAGAAUGAAGACGAAAAGAAAAUUUGGUACUACAGCACGAGAGUUCAGCUUGCAGAAUUAAUUGACUGCCUAGACAAAGACUAUUGGGAAGCAGAACUCUGCAAAAUUCUAGAAGAAAUGAGAGAAGAGCUGCAUCGGCACAUGGACAUCACUGAGGACCUGACUAAUAAGGCAAGAGGCAGCAACAAGUCCUUUCUGGCAGCCGCGAAUGAAGAGAUUUUGGAGUCCAUAAGAGCCAAAAAAGGAGACAUUGAUAUUGUCAAAAGCCCGGAAGAACCAGAGAAGGACAAGACUGAGCCUGAGAAUAACUCUAAAGAUGCUGAGGAGACCUUAGAAGAGUUUGCAGACCGAGCUCCUGAAAAAGACAAUGAGGACAAAACGCCAGACGAUGACUCUCAGCAGAGAAGAUCUGAGGAGCCAACAGAAGUUGGGGAUAAAGGUAACUCUGUGUCAGCAAAUCUUGGCGACAACACUACAAAUCCUUCUUCGCAAGAGACUAGUCUCUCAGAAGGGAGAAGUCCUGAGGGGUGUGUCUCAGAAACCCAUGAUAGCAGCAACAUGGCAGAGAAGAAGGUGGCACCUGAGCUCCCCCAGGAUGUGCCAGAAGAACCUAACAAGACAUGUGACAGCAGUAACACUAGUGCUACCACUCCCUCCAUCCAGCCUAAUCUGGAGAACAGUAACAGCAGCAGUGACUUAAAUUCUUCCCAGAGCGAAUCUGCUCAGGCAGCUGAUGAUCCUGAGAAUGGAGAAAGGGGAUCUCACACACCUGUCUCUGCUCAAGAAGAGAUAGGAGAUUUCAAAUUAGAGAAGUCUAAUGGGGAAGUAAGUGAGUCUCCGGGAGCUGGAAGAGGAGCAUCUGGUUCAACUCGGAUUAUCACCAGGUUACGGAACCCUGACAGCAAACUCAGUCAGCUGAAGAGCCAACAGGUGGCAGCCGCAGCCCACGAAGCAAAUAAAUUAUUCAAAGAGGGCAAAGAGGUACUGGUAGUUAACUCGCAAGGGGAAGUUUCCCGUUUGAGCACCAAAAAGGAUGUUGUCAUGAAAGGAAACAUCAACAAUUAUUUUAAGUUGGGUCAAGAAGGGAAGUAUCGUGUCUACCAUAAUCAGUACUCCACCAAUUCAUUUGCUUUGAAUAAGCACCAGCACAGAGAGGAUCAUGAUAAGAGAAGACAUCUUGCACAUAAGUUCUGUCUGACGCCAGCAGGAGAAUUCAAAUGGAAUGGGUCUGUCCAUGGGUCCAAAGUUCUCACCAUAUCUACUCUGAGACUGACUAUCACCCAACUGGAGAACAAUAUCCCUUCAUCAUUUCUUCAUCCCAAUUGGGCUUCACACAGGGCCAAUUGGAUCAAGGCAGUUCAGAUGUGUAGCAAGCCCAGAGAAUUUGCUUUGGCUUUAGCUAUUCUAGAGUGUGCAGUUAAACCAGUUGUGAUGCUACCAAUAUGGCGGGAAUCUUUAGGGCAUACCAGGCUACACAGGAUGACAUCAAUUGAAAGAGAAGAAAAGGAGAAGGUUAAAAAAAAAGAAAAAAAACAAGAAGAGGAAGAAACAAUGCAGCAAGCCACAUGGGUAAAAUACACAUUUCCGGUCAAGCAUCAGGUUUGGAAACAAAAAGGAGAAGAAUAUAGAGUAACAGGAUAUGGUGGUUGGAGCUGGAUUAGUAAAACUCAUGUUUCUAGGUUUGUCCCUAAACUGCCAGGCAACACAAAUGUGAAUUACAGAAAGUCUUUAGAAGAAACCAAAAAUAGUAUGGAUGAAAAUAUGGAUGAAUCAGAUAAAAGAAAAAGUCCUCAAAGUCCAAAAAAAAUAAAAAUUGAGCCUGAUUCAGAGAAAUCCGAAGUAAAAGAUUCAGGCACUACAAAACAAACAGACCAAAGUGAAACGGACAUUUCAAAGGUUACUGAGCCGGACCAAGAUGUGAAAGAUGUUUUAGAAUCUAACAACGAUAAAGCCUUUAAGGAAGAACCGAUGGAAAUUGACGAUGAUGUGAAACCAGAGUCACCAGUAAACUGUCAGGAAACACCUCAAAUAGAUGUGAUCAAUGUCAGUGAGGGGUUUCAUCUAAGGACUAGCUAUAAAAAGAAAAUUAAAACAUCAAAACUAGAUGGAUUUCUUGAAAGGAGAAUUAAACAAUUUACAUUGGAAGAAAAACAACGCCUUGAGAAAAUGAAGUUGGAGGGUGGAAUUAAGGGCACAGUAAAGACUUCUACAAAUUCUUUGAAAUGUCUUUCUGAAUCUCCAGACAUAACAAAAGUCAAGGAAAACUGUCAGAGUGACUUACUGAGACGAGACCCAGGUUCUGAUGCAAGCCAAGAUAAUUCUGAAGAUUUGAUUCAGAGAUGUUCACCAAGUGAUUCCUCUGUUCUUGCUGCCAGUGAGCCUGAUCAGACAGCAACCAAACUUGACUGUAAAGAUCAAGUAGUAGAAGAUGUCAUCAUUCAGAGCCCAGAGGCAGACUCCAAGAAACAAAAAUCCAUAGGAAAAGACAGAGAUGAGAGUCUCUCUGAACCUCCCAGUAAAGGCCAAGAUGUGAGUGAGAUUAAGACGAAAGGAAGUGAUUUUCCAGUUGAUGACUCUAAACUAGCCAGUAAUGAUGAAAUUGGUAUCUUGGUCUAUAAGAACAAAAAGCUGCCCAUACUGGAGGACAGUGGCACUGUUGCUUCUCCUUCCCAUAGCCCUUUAAUUCCUUCAGAACCUAAAAAUGCCAGCGAAAGAGUUAUCUCAUCUCUGUCAAAAGCAGUAGAUUUUGAAGGAAAACUAGAAUGUGAUUCUGAAUAUAAUAGCACUUUGGAAGACAGCAGUGAAGAAGAUAUGAGUGUCCAGAAUACCAGUGAGAGUAUUUCUGAACAGCACACAACUCAACAGCCCAGCCUUAAAAGCUUGGGAACAUUGAAACGUGAGUUUGUUUGUGCUAAUAAGUCCACUGGAAACUGUGAUGGAAGGCCGAAGGGCAGAAUCACUGAAGCAAAUGGUAAGAGAUCAAGUCAAGAACAGAAACUAGAUGUGAGACCAGUUAAUAAAUGUAUUGAUCAAAUAAAAUUAAAGAAUAUCAGUGACAAGAAGAACAGUGAAAAUCAAGAGCCUGAAAGAAAAGGCCAGAAAACAAGUUCCUUUCAGUUAAAUGGAAAAGAUAAAGUCCAUUUGAAAGGAGACUGCUUGAAAGAAGUUUCUGAAAGUAAAGUAAUAAGUGAUGACGUUGAACCAGAGGUUAACAAUAUAAACAACGUAACGCCCAAAAAUGAAGUUGAAUGUUUGAGUGUUCAAGAAUCUGCUGUAAGGCCAUUCAUGAAUGGUGAUGUCAUCAUGGAAGAUUUUAAUGGAAAAAACUCAGAAACAACUUGUUUGCUAAGACCUUCAGAUGUUAGUGACUGCCAGGACAGCCUUGAAUCCCAGCCACCCCCUAGGGAGCCUGAGAGCACACGGACCAGCACGGCUCCACCUUGUGAAAGCAGUACAGAGAAUCAGGUAGAAGAUAUGGAAAUUGAAACCUCAGAAGUUCAUGAUGUAACUCCUUCACCUGUUCCUUCUGAAGAGGAAUCUAACCUCAGUAGUGAAUUCAUUAGUGAAAACGGUCCACUCAGUAAUAAAGAUGAAAAUACGAAUGGAGAAUCGAAGAGGAAAACAGUCAUCACAGAAGUUACCACCUUGACAUCCACAGUGGCUACAGAAUCGAAAACUGUAAUCAAAGUAGCAAAAGGUGAUAAGCAAACGGUGGUUUCUUCCACAGAAAACUGUGCCAAGUCCACUGUUACAACCACCACAACAACGGUGACGAAACUUUCCACCCCUUCCACAGACAACAGUGUGGGUAUCAUCUCUGUGAAGGAGCAGAGUAAAACUGUGGUCACCACAACGGUAACAGAUUCGCUGACCACCUCAGGGGGCACUCUGGUGACGUCUAUGACUGUGAGCAAAGAGUACUCAACAAGAGACAAAGUCAAACUCAUGAAAUUUUCAAGACCCAAAAAGACGCGUUCAGGUACAGCUCUGCCAUCCUAUAGAAAGUUUAUCACUAAGAGCAGCAAGAAGAGCAUAUUUGUUUUGCCCAAUGAUGACUUAAAAAAGUUGGCUAGAAAAGGAGGAAUUCGAGAAGUCCCUUACUUUAACUAUAAUGCAAAGCCUGCCUUGGAUAUAUGGCCAUAUCCUUCUCCUAGACCAACCUUUGGUAUCACUUGGAGGUAUAGACUUCAGACUGUGAAGUCUUUAGCUGGAGUGAGCCUUAUGUUACGGUUACUGUGGGCCAGUCUGAGAUGGGACGACAUGGCAGCCAAGGCUCCUCCUGGAGGCGGGACUACACGGACAGAAACAUCUGAGACUGAGAUUACGACAACAGAAAUAAUUAAGAGGCGAGAUGUUGGUCCUUACGGCAUUCGAUCUGAGUAUUGUAUUAGAAAAAUCAUUUGCCCCAUUGGAGUUCCAGAAGCCCCGAAAGAAACACCGACACCUCAGAGGAAAGGCCUUCGGUCAAGUGCACUGAGGCCAAAGAGACCAGAAACACCCAAGCAGACUGGCCCUGUGAUUAUUGAGACCUGGGUGGCCGAGGAAGAGUUGGAGUUGUGGGAGAUCAGGGCAUUUGCUGAGCGAGUGGAGAAAGAAAAGGCACAAGCAGUAGAGCAACAGAAUAAGAAACGACUGGAACAGCAGAAGCCUAUAGUCACUGCAACUUCUACCACUUCCUCUGCAAAUAGUACAACUAGUACCAUCUCUCCAGCACAGAAAGUUAUGGUGGCCCCUCUCAGUGGCUCUGUUACACCUGGAACUAAAAUGGUUCUGACAACGAAAGUUGGGUCUCCAGCUACAGUGACAUUCCAGCAGAAUAAGAAUUUCCACCAGACUUUUGCCACAUGGGUUAAACAAGGCCAGGCGAAUUCAGCCACCAGCACAGCUGCCACAGCUGCUACAACCAUUGCCAGCACAGGUCAGACGUUCCAAAUUACAGGCAAUCCAGUCACUAUGGCAGGAAAAGUAAUUACCAAACUGCCACUUCCUGCAAACAGCAAGAUUGUCGCUGUAAAUGUGCCAGCAACUCAAGGAGGUGUUGUUCAAGUACAGCAGAAAGUCCUGGGCAUCAUUCCAUCAAGUGCAGGUGCAAGUCAGCAAACCUUGACUUCUUUCCAGCCGAGAACAGCAACGGUCACAAUUAGACCCAAUACGUCAGGCUCUUCAGGAACUACAAGCACUUCACAAGUGAUUACAGGACCCCAGAUCCGGCCUGGCAUGACAGUAAUUAGGACACCUCUCCAGCAGUCUCCGUUAGGAAAGACGAUUAUUCGGACACCUGUGAUGGUACAGCCAGGUACUCCACAGCAAGUGGUGACUCAGAUCAUCAGAGGGCAGCCUGUGUCCACCGCCAUCUCUGCCUCCAGUGCUGUCCCCUCGUCACCUGGGCAGAAAGCAAUAGCUUCAGGAACGCCCACUGCAAGCCUGCCGUCUUCAGCCUCACAUCCCCCUCGCCCCCAACAAGGACAGGUGAAACUGACCAUGGCUCAACUCACUCAGCUGACGCAGGGCCACGGUGGCAAUCAAGGUUUGACAGUAGUAAUUCAAGGACAAGGUCAAACUACUGGGCAGUUGCAGUUGAUACCUCAAGGGGUGACAGUACUCCCAGGCCCAGGUCAGCAGCUGAUGCAAGCUGCAAUGCCGAACGGUACUGUUCAGCGCUUCCUUUUCACCCCACUGGCGACAACAGCUACGACGGCCAGCACCACCACCGGCACCGCUUCCACCACGGCAGCAGGUACAGGUGAACAAACACAGAGUAAAUCAUCACCCCCGACACAAGUACCACCAGCCAGUACUCUGCCACCAGCUCCGUCUUCAGGUGUGAACCCUCCAGAAGCCCAGCCACAGACUGCUCAGUCUCCAGUUCAUCCCCAGUCCCAAACCCAGCCCAAAUCGCCCGCUCAUCCUGAAGUUCAGACUCAGCCUGAAGUUCAAGGCCAAACAACUGUUGCAUCCCACACCCUUUCUGAAGCACAGCCCACCCAGGCACAGUCAUCUAAACCCCAGGUUUCAGUACAGUGUCAACCUCAAAAUAAUACCCAAGGACAGUCUCCUACUCGCGUCCAAAGUCCACCCCAGACUCGAAUCCAUCCGUCCACUCCAUCCCAGGUGUCUCCGGGACAGCAGUCCCAGGUUCAGACUUCAACCUCACAACCGAUUCCAAUUCAGCCACAUCCAUCUCUCCAGAUACCUUCCCAGGGCCAGCCACAAUCACAACCCCAGGUACAGUCAUCAGCUCAAACUCUUUCAUCAGGACAAACGUUAAAUCAAGUUACUAUUUCAGCCCCGUCCCGUCCUCAGCUACAGACACAGCAGCCACAGCCCCAAAUCAUUGCUGUGCCGCAGCUGCAACAAGUCCAGGUUCUCUCUCAGAUCCAGCCCCAGGGUGCGGCUCAGAUCCAGGCUCAGCAAGGUGGUGUGCCCCAGCAAAUCAAACUGCAGUUACCUAUUCAGAUUCAGCAAAGCAACCCUGUGCAGACUCACCAGAUUCAGAAUGUGGUGACAGUGCAGGCAGCCAGUGUGCGAGAGCAGUUGCAAAGGGUUCAGCAACUCAGGGAUCAGCAGCAAAAGAAGAAACAGCAGCAGAUAGAAAUUAAACGGGAACACACCCUCCAAGCUUCUAACCAAAGUGAAAUCAUUCAGAAACAGGUGGUGAUGAAGCAUAAUGCUGUAAUAGAGCAUUUGAAGCAGAAAAAGACCAUGACUCCAGCUGAGAGAGAAGAGAAUCAAAGAAUGAUUGUCUGUAACCAGGUGAUGAAGUAUAUUUUGGAUAAGAUAGAUAAAGAAGAAAAGCAGGCAGCAAAAAAACGGAAACGUGAAGAGAGUGUGGAGCAGAAACGUAGCAAGCAGAAUGCUACUAAGCUCUCUGCACUGCUCUUCAAACACAAAGAGCAACUCAAAGCUGAAAUCCUGCGGAAGAGAGCACUCUUGGACAAAGAUCUACAGAUUGAAGUGCAGGAAGAACUCAAGAGAGACCUGAGAAUUAGGAAAGAAAAAGACAUGAUCCAGGCUACAGCAGUAGCUGCCGCCACUCCCAUGGUGCCACCUGCUCCCACAGCCCCGCCGCCGUCUCCUCCUCCUCCUCCUCCACCGCAGCAUGCGGGCCCUCUGGCCACCGCCACUGCCACCGUGCCGAUGGCUUCCCAGAAGAGGAAGCGGGAAGAGGACAGAGACUCGAGCUCAAAGUCAAAGAAGAAGAAAAUGAUUUCUACUACCUCAAAGGAAACUAAGAAGGACACAAAGCUUUACUGUAUCUGUAAAACACCUUACGAUGAAUCUAAGUUCUAUAUUGGCUGUGAUCUUUGUACUAACUGGUAUCAUGGAGAAUGUGUUGGAGUCACAGAAAAGGAGGCUAAGAAAAUGGAUGUGUACAUCUGUAAUGAUUGUAAACGGGCACAAGAGGGCAGCAGUGAGGAAUUGUACUGUAUCUGCAGAACACCUUAUGAUGAGUCACAAUUUUACAUUGGCUGUGAUCGGUGUCAGAAUUGGUACCAUGGGCGUUGCGUUGGCAUCUUGCAAAGUGAGGCAGAGCUCAUUGAUGAGUAUGUCUGUCCACAGUGCCAGUCAACAGAAGAUGCCAUGACAGUGCUCACACCACUUACAGAGAAAGAUUAUGAGGGGUUGAAGAGGGUGCUCCGUUCCUUGCAGGCCCAUAAGAUGGCAUGGCCUUUCCUUGAACCAGUAGACCCUAACGAUGCACCCGACUACUAUGGUGUCAUUAAGGAGCCUAUGGACCUCGCCACCAUGGAAGAAAGAGUACAGAGACGCUAUUAUGAAAAGCUAACGGAAUUUGUGGCAGAUAUGACCAAAAUUUUUGAUAACUGUCGUUACUACAACCCAAGUGACUCCCCUUUUUACCAGUGUGCAGAAGUCCUUGAGUCAUUCUUUGUACAGAAAUUGAAAGGAUUCAAGGCUAGCAGGUCUCAUAACAACAAACUGCAGUCUACAGCUUCUUAAGGUUCAGCGUGUUAACCUAACAAAACACAGCAAGAAUCUGGUUAUCUGAACUAUUUUAAAGUAAGGAGCCAGAUGUUUUUAGUCAGGUUAUCCUGACAAGACUUGAUGUAAACUUCGUUUUUAUUGGUCAUAACAGUCCAAUCAUAUUCUUGGCAAAUUUUUGUCCAACGGACAAGGGAAAGCAAAGUCAGCAACUCCAUUAUCUUGUCAAGAUCAAAUGGUUUUACUAUUGUGGCAGAAGCGGGAAAACUUUGUUUAUUGAAAAUAAAGAAAACAAGAAAAAAGAUAAUAUGGGGUCAAAUGUAACUCCAUGGAAAUGCCACGUCUGCUCUUCAGUGAAGAAGCUGGUUUAGAGUCUCACAGAAAACUUUUGACUGUAUUUAUUUAUUGUUGCAGGAAAAGAAAAAAAAAAAAAAAAGACGCUUUUUUAUUGCUGCCCUCAUUUGUCAGCUAAUUAUUUUUUCUUAUAACUCCAACCCUGGUUACAUGUAAUCCAUUCUGUAUCUUAUCAUGAUUCCUGUAGAUAAAAGUACAAGACAACCUCUAGAUGUCUUUUCUUUCUAUGAAAGGAGCUGCUAUGUACACAUGUGCACACGCACAACUGGGAAUCAACAAUGAGUUUAUUGUUCAUGGUAGAUAAAAAUGAAGCUUGCAUAAAAGUUAGCCUAAUUGGUCCUGGACUCCAGACUCUGUUGCCUUGACUAUAAUAGUACAGUUUGUCAUUUACUCUGCACCAGGCUAAAAUGAGUAAAAUCUAUUUGAAGGUAUCUUGUUUGUAAACAUUUGUCAGAUUCUAAUUUUUUUCUUUUUGUAUUAAAAUUCAACUAUGGAUGUAUACGAAACAAAAUAAAUGGAGAUGAUUUUUCUCCCA